UCCUUUGAGUAUCUUCUUUAAUUUACAAAGACUCCAUUUUUCUCUCUUAAAUUGCAGUAACCAAAUCAAUGGGGAUGGAGGAGAAGCCAAAGAAGCUAUUGAUUUUAUAUGCAUCUCAGACAGGUAAUGCCAUAGACGCCGCUGAGCGUGUUGGUCGUGAAGCUGAACGCAGAGGAUGCCCCGUCUCUUUGCUCUCCAUUGACGAUUUUGACCCUAGUUGUCUGCCGGAGCAGGAAAUUGUAAUAUUUGUGGUGUCAACUACAGGUCAAGGGGACAACCCUGAUUCUAUUAAGGUAUUUUGGAAGUUUCUCUUGCAAAGAAAUCUGACCCAGAAUUGGCUUAGCAGUGUCAGCUAUGCUGUCUUUGGUUUGGGUGAUUCCAGCUACCAGAAGUAUAAUUUUGUCGCAAAGAAACUUGACAAAAGACUUUCAAAUCUUGGUGCUACAGCAAUUGUGGAAAGAGGUCUUGGAGAUGAUCAGCACCCUUCAGGGUAUGAAGGUGCUCUGGAUCCUUGGAUGUCCACCUUGUGGAAGGCAAUAUACCAAAAAGAUCCGAAAUUAUUUCCUAAAGGUCCAGAGUGCAUGACUUCAAAUAUGAGUUUGAUGGAUCAACCUAAAGUACAGAUUACAUACCAUGAUGUUGAUGAAGGGGCUUUACAAUUCUCAUCUAUCCCAGAUUUCAAACUUCUCGAGAUGCAGAUUGAGAGCACGCGCUUCAUAUUACCGGGAAAACUUUCUGGAAAGCACCCACCUGAUUGCUUCUUAAAGAUGGUUAAAAAUGAUCCAUUAAGUAAAGCUGAUUGUGGGAAAGAUGUCCGCCAUUUUGAACUUGAAGCUAUUUCAUCUUCUGUUGAGUAUGAGGUUGGUGAUGUUGUUCACAUUCUCCCUGGGCAAGAUGCUGCAGCGGUUGAUGCUUUCAUAAAGCGCUGUAAUUUGAACCCUGAAUCAUAUAUCAGAGUUGAGCCUAGAGAUAAUAAAGAAAAUGGACAAAGUCAUGACUUGAGAAAUACAUUGAAGGUCCCCAUGAGAUUAAAAACUUUUGUGGAACUGGCAAUGGAUGUUGCAUCAGCUUCCCCUAGACGAUAUUUCUUUGAGGUUAUGAGUUAUUUUGCCACUGCCGAACAUGAGAAGGAGAGGCUUCAAUAUUUUGCCUCUCCAGAAGGAAGAGAUGAUCUUUAUGAGUACAAUCAGAAGGAACGGAGAACUGUACUGGAGGUAUUAGAGGAUUUUCCAUCCGUUCAGAUGCCAUUUGAAUGGUUGGUUCAGUUGGUACCUCCACUUAAAACUAGGGCUUUUUCCAUCUCUUCUUCUCACUCAGUUCAUCCAAAUCAAGUACAUUUAACAGUUAGUGUGGUGUCAUGGACAACACCUUAUAAGAGGAAGCGCACAGGUCUUUGCUCAUCAUGGCUAGCUGGACUUGAUCCUCAGAAAAGAGUCCUCAUACCGGCUUGGUUUCAAAAGGGUUCUCUUCCUGCCCCUCCGCCUUCACUUCCGGUUAUUGUUAUUGGACCUGGCACAGGGUGUGCUCCUUUUCGUGGAUUUGUGGAGGAAAGAUCCCUGCAGAGUCAAUCGGGUCCAACUGCUCCCCUUCUUUUCUUCUUUGGUUGUAGAAAUGAAGAAAAUGACUUUUUGUACCAAGAUUUUUGGUUGUUUCAUUCACAAAAAGGCGGAGUCCUUUCUGAAGAAAAAGGUGGAGGCUUUUUUGCUGCCUUUUCCAGAGACCAACCACAGAAAAUCUACGUGCAACAUAAAAUGAGAGAACAAAGUGUUAAGAUAUGGAAUCUAUUAACUGAGGGCGCAGCUGUGUAUGUCGCUGGCUCUGCCAACAAAAUGCCUUCUGAUGUGCUGUUGGCAUUUGAAGAAAUUGUAUCUAAAGAAGGCGGGGUUCCAAAAGAAGCUGCAGUAAGGUGGCUUAGGGCAUUGGAAAAGGCAGGCAAGUAUCAUGUUGAAGCAUGGUCUUGAGCACUCCUUGGUAUUUUGUCCAGUUUCACCUUAAAAUCUAGGGAUGAUUAGCCAAAAAACCAUGCCCUUCUCAGUCAUGCUAUUUCUACAUGAUUCUUAUAACCCAUAUUCGUUCGUGAAAUGUGUAUCUAGUGUUCUCAGAAAGAAGUUGGCCUAUUGAAAGAACAGUCAUUAGUAAGACAAGUCGGUUAUUCCCAAGGAUGAGGUCUCUUAUCAAUUCGGAGAGGGUUUUUAUCUGCUUGUUGGAAUAAGUUGGAUAUGGAGUUUCCAAUAGGAGCUCUAAAUCGAGAGCAAACUUCAGUAUGGUGCAGCAUUUAUGUUGGGGGAGAUAUUAUUUAUGAUAUGAGUAUUUUGUCCGUCUGAGAUUAAGAGAUUUUGAAGAUUUAUUUCUCUGGGAGGAAUCCAGAGGCAUAAGAGAAAUAAGAUUGAACCGAUAGAAAGUAUCUCAAUAUUUUCAAGUAGCUGGAUUGAUUUCUUUAGCAUGAUAAGAAAUGUAGAAGGAUUUGGCUAAAUUGUAUAAUUGAUCUACUAUUUGGUCUUUCUCCUCUUCCUAUUUUCAAGCUUAUACUACUUGACAGAUUCUUUUAUUUGAUUAAGAAUGAAGAUAUAUGAGCAUAGUUUGACAGAGUGA